UCAAACUCCAUUCCCUCAUCCCCGUGACUGCAAUCAGCGAGGCUGGGUCUCGUCUCGUGACUGCAACCUGCAAGGUUGGAAGGCGGCAUAAAAGGAGCCUCUCUCUCCUCUCCGUUCCUGAUAUUGUCUAUCUGUUGGGUUAUCUGUUCCUUGGCACUCCUCUGCCUCACCAUGUGCACUGGCAAGUGCGCCAUAUGUAUCGGGGGAGCCCUGUAUCCCUUGGCUAUAAUCUGCAUCAUCGCGAACGUCAUCCUCUACUUCCCGGGAUGGAGCGUAGAGGCGGCAGAGAACGCUGGAGAGAAACUCACCUAUGAGGUUACAACUUUCCUAGGGAUUAUCGCAGGCGGCUUACUGGUGCUGAUUCCAGCAAUCCAGAUUCAUGCAUCGGGGCGGAAAGGCUGCUGCGGAAACCGCUGGGGGAUGUUUUUCUCCAUCCUCUGCUCUGCUAUUGGACUUACUGGAUCCCUCUUUUGCCUGGUCAUGUGCGUUACGGGAAUUUUCAGAGGCCCCGUCUGCGCCUAUUACAUCACGGAUCUCACGAAUGCCACCACUGCUGGGCCCACCCUUGUCUGGGGUCGCCCAUUUGAGAAACCAAUGCCAGAAUACAACAAUGACAGCUACAUAUUCCACAGAGAGUCAUGGGACAUCUGUGUUGAACCUAAGGAUGUGGCGGAGUUUAAUAUAAUCCUUUUUUCAAUCCUGCUGGCUGCCAGCUCCUUCGAAGUCAUCCUAUGCACUGUCCAACUGUUCAACGGCCUGUUUGGCUGCAUCUGCGGCACUUGCCGGGAAGAGGAGAUUGGCUAUGAAGACAUGAAGAAAGAGGCCAUAUGUUGAUGUAUCAACACUCCUCGCUGUGGAAAGUAGAGCCCUUAUAAACCCAUAAUCUCCCACUACAAAGGCUUGUGGCUUCAAAACGCCUUGCACCUUACAGACCCCCCUCAAACCCUGCCCAUCCCCAAGAUUAACCUGUUAACCUGGUUAACAAGGUUAACCUGUUGCGUGUGGCAAUGACAGGACAGGAAGGCGAACUACUGGAAAAAGCGUGGAAUAAGCCACCCCCCCCUCCCCCAACUGACCAAUAAAUAUCUACUUCAGCAGAAA